GGCGGAAGCGGUAGCCAGCGUCCCCCAGGGCUGCGGAGCACGACGGCUCGCGAUAGGCCGGCGGGCCGGCUCGCUCCAAGAAGAAGUGAGACGAUUGGCCGUGGGGUCCCGUCCGGGCGGAGGGAGCGUCGCCGCCGUCGCCGGGCCGCGGAGGGGAGCCGAGCGCGCGCCGCGGCGAAAUGAGUUUUUAGCCACAUAAUGAUAAUUGUAAUACACAAUGCCUGAUCAGGACAAAAAGUUGAGGAGCACAGAAAAAGCAACAGACAAACCUCAUGGGAUCUCUAAUGAGGUAUAGGAUUAUUCUGACCUGAAAAAACUUCAGUCUCUCUUGAAUGCUCAGUCAAGGAACCAACAGCUUCCAGCUAUAUAUUUUGAAAGUGUUCAAUCCAGUGUGACAAGAGCUUGUAAAAAUGUGAAAAGCAAGGAACAAGAACCCAGUGGUCAAUGGCAAGAAUCAACAGAAGCUGCUGAGCUUGAAAAAUUUAGUGUGACCUACAAGAAUGAGAGAAAUUUUAGCGAACGUCCCAAACACAGGCUGUUUCAAGAUAUCUUUAUGGCUUUAGUCAAGAACAGACUUACCCACAGGGAGUGGGUUAUUCAAGUUCCAUCCACCCAUUUUCUUAGAAUAUUGAUCUACCUGAGAUUAUUAAUAAGGGAUCCAUGCUAUCAGGAAAUGCUUCACAGCUUGGGUGGAAUUGAAAAUCUAGCUCAGUAUAUGGAAACAGUAGCAAAUAGCUGUCUUAAUUACGGAGAGGAGCAGCAUGAUGUAGACAAGUUGGUCAACAUGACAUGUAAGGAAAGAAAUCUUUUUUCUGAUCACUCUUCAGUUAGAAGUUUAUCUAGUGCAAAUGCAGCAGGGACAAUCCAGGAGCUUCAUUUGUCAGAUGAUUUGAGUCCUGAGGAGAUCCAAGAAAAUACUUUCUCACUUCAGGCGGCUUGUUGUGCUGUGAUUACUGAGCUGGUGCUCAAUGAGACUAAUGCUUACCAAGUUGUACAGGCAAAUGGAAUAUGUACAAUGCUGAUUUUACCCAACAAAGAAAGGAAUGCUGAAAAAGCCAGUUUAUUACAGUGUUAUGCUUUCAGAGCCCUGAGAUUUCUCUUCAGUAUGGAAAGAUAUCGGCAUGUUUUCAAAAGACUUUUCCCAGCUGACUUAUUUGAAAUCUUCAUUGAUAUUGGACAUUAUGUGUGUGAUAUCAGAGCUUACGAAGGGUUGGCAUCAAAGCUAAAUUUGUUAAAGGAGGAUGUACUGAAGCAAAUUGCUGAAAGUAUUGAGAGUAUGAAUCAGAAUAAGGCACCCACAAAACAUAUAGGAAAUUAUGCAAUUUUAGAGCACCUUGGCAGUGGAGCUUUUGGAAGUGUAUAUAAGAUUAGGAAGCAUAAUGGACGAAAUCUCCUGGCAAUGAAAGAAGUCAAUUUACACAAUCCAGCAUUUGGAAAAGACAAAAAAGACAGAGACAGUAGUGUAAGAAACAUUGUCUCUGAAUUAACCAUCAUCAGAGAGCAGCUUUAUCAUCCAAGUGUUGUACGAUAUUAUAGAACCUUCUUGGAAAAUGACAGAUUGUACAUAGUCAUGGAGCUCAUAGAGGGGAUGCCAUUGGGAGAACACUUUCACACUCUGAAGGAAAAACAACAACAGUUUAUGGAAGACAGAAUAUGGCAUAUAUUUAUCCAACUUUGUCUAGCUCUUUGUUAUUUGCAUAAAGAGAAGAGGAUUGUUCAUCAAGAUCUCAUUCUGAACAAUGUCAUGUUAGGGGAUAAAGACAAAGUUACAAUUACUGACUUUGGGCUUGCAAAGCAGAAGCAAGAAAACUGCAAACUUGCAUCAGUAGUAGGAACCAUUCUAUACUCAUGUCCUGAAGUUGUGAAGAGUGAGCCGUAUGGAGAAAAGGCUGAUGUCUGGGCUGCAGGAUGCAUCCUUUAUCAGAUGGCAACUCUGAACCCACCAUUUUACAGCCCCAAUAUGCUCUCCUUGGCUACUAAGAUAGUAGGGGCUAUGUAUGAACCUGUGCCAGAAGGACUGUACUCUGAAAAAGUGUCAUUUACCAUUAAGAGAUGCUUGACUCCUCAUGCAGAGGCGCGUCCAGACAUAGUGGAGGUCAGCUCACUGCUGCCUGAUGUUAUGAUGAAAUACCUGGAUGUUCUAUCCACCUCUCAUCUCAUGUUGGAGAAGAAACUGGAUCAGGAGAGGAGACGAACCCAGCAGUACUCCAUGGAGGCUAAUUGAAAUGCAGUAACCUAUCACCAUCAGCUUUCCAUUUUAUCACAAAAAAAUUAUGACAAGUUGAGUCCAAGUAGCAGCAAUGGAGCAACCAGUUGCAAAAGUCAAUUUUCAGAAAAUACUGACCUUCCAGUUGAUAGUUGUCAGUCUGCAUGUAGAAAAUAUGAGGAAGGAACAUAUGAAGAAAUUCUGGUAGAGUAUCACAGGACUAUAGAGAAAGGUAUAAUUAAACAAAGUUUUAGUACUUCUGGAAGAGAACCAAAGAUAAGAGAUUAUGUUGACAGUCCUGGAUCAAGAUUGCGACCAGCAUCAGCAGGAAUUGCUGUAUCACAAAGGAAGGUGCGUCAGAUCACUGACCCCGUUCAGCAGAUUCUUAUUCAGCUCUACAAAAUUAUCUUCAUCACUCAACUUCCUCCAGCUUUGCAAUGCAACUUGAAAAGGAGAAUCAUUGAGAGGUUCAAGAAGUCCCUCUUCAGUCAGCAGAGCAAUCCUUGUAAUCUGAAAUCAGAAAAGAAAAAGUUGCUGGAAGGUUCUCCUGAAUUGAUUGAGCCCAACAUCUUCACAGCAGAUUAGCAUGUGGUACUUCUUUCUUCGGGUGGAAAUAUGUUGCUUCCAGAUGAUAGAAAAAGCAUGGUUGGCACUUCUGACAUGGCAGAAGGGGUGACAUAUGAGCAGUUGCAGACUCUAAUUAAAGAGGUUCUAGAGGAAAAUGAUUAUUACAGUUUCUCUUCUAACAGGCUCUACCUCCUCCCCCACAGUGGCACAGGAAGGUGGGAAAGGGGUAUACGGUCAGUUCAUCACACACUGUUCCUGCUACUGAUCAGGAAGAAGAGUCCUUCCUCUGCUCCAGUGUGGGGUUCCUCCCACAGGAGACAGUUCUCCAUGAAUUUCUCCAGCAUGAGUCCAUCCCAUGGGCUACAGUUCUUUAUGAACUGUUCCAGCAUGGGUCACUUUUCCACAGGAUGCAGUCCUUCAAGAACAGCCUGCUGUAGUGUGGGUCCCCCACAGGGUCAUAAGUCCUACCAGCAAACCUGCUCCAGUGUGGGCUCCUCUCUCCAUGGGUCUGCAGGUCCCUUCCUGGAGCUUGCUCCAGCACAGGUUUCCCAUGGGUUCACAGUUUCUUUUCGGACAUCCACCCACUCCAGCAUGGGUCUCCUUCACAGGCUGCAGGUGGAUCUCUGCACUCCCAUUAACCUUCAUGGGCUACAGAGAAACAGCCUGUUUCACCAUGGUCUUUCACCACAGGCUGCAGGGGAAUGUCAGCUCUGGCACCUGGAACACCUCCUCCCAUUCCUUCACUUGACCUUGGUGUCUGCAGAGCUGUUCCUCUCGCAUAUUCUCACUCCUCUUGUGUCUGAGUGCAAUUAAAUCUGCACAAUAACCUUUUCUUAAAUAUAUUAUCGCAGAUGUGUUACUAUCAUUCCUGAUUGGAAUUGGCCAGUGGUGUGUCCCUCCUGGCACUGGCAUUGGCUCUGUUGGACAUGGGAGAAGCUUCUGGCAGCUUCUCAUAGAAACCACUCGUGUAGCCCCCUCGCUACCAAAACCUGGCCAAGCAAACCCAGUACAUUUUGAAUCCUAUUAUUUGCUGUGAUGCGUAAUUUUGUUUGGUUCCCAUCCCCACUAUUACAUUAAUUGUUUCCCAGACAAGGUUCUACUCCCAAAUAACUUAUUAUUUUUUCCUUUUCUUCCAGGGAAUUGACAGACCACACUUUGGCCUUGGCUGUCAAAAACUUGUUUAUAUUUCCAGAGAACUUGCCAUGUUUUCUGUAGUGUGUGCUGCUUGGUGCCAAUCAGAGCUUUCAGAACUUGAGCAGUUUGGGUUGUUUUUUUUGUUUUUUUUUUUUUUUUUUUCUGCUUGCACUCUCUCCAAAUAGCCAAACAGUCCAGUUUUGAUAACUGUCCAGUAUUGAAUGAUUCAUUUGGCUGGCAGACAUGAAUCAUUAGGUUUCACCUUGAACUCUCCAGCAGCUUAAGUGAGCUAGAAGAACAAAUCAGUCUCCCAAGCUGCACUGCAAGUCGCUUAUUGGUGUCCACCAUUAUCUGGUUUUAUUCCAUCAUGCAGUAAUUGGUUUGCAGCCCUCUCUGCAACAUCCUUUCAGCCAUUCUUGCCUAAAGCUGUUUUGAGCCUCGCUCUACUUCCUCUCCUUUAUACACAGUGAAACACUUCAGAAGCAACUGCAAAUUUUCUGGCAGAAACUUAGUACAUCCUGUGGCUUUCUUGGGAUCCCUUUCUUAGAAAAGUGUUCACAGAAAAGCUUUAGAAAAAAGUACUAGGAGUAAUGAGUAUCUAUAUCAUUUGCUUUAGCAACAUAUAGGACAAUAUUUUAAUAUUUAUUUUAAUAUUUAUUUUAAAACUUUCUUAACUUAUGUUAAAAGCUUUUAGUUUAGAUUGAGUUUUUCAUUUUCUAAGAUAGGAAGUUGUAAUGAUGCAGCAUGUGUGGGCCUUUCGCAGUGGAAACAGUGUGACAGCACUUCUAGCAGGAAACAAAUUGCCUUCUCUUCAGCCCAUUAUACCUUUCUAGCUCUUCGAGUAGUAAUGGGAAGAAAAAGAGCUCCAAAGGCUCAAAAGCCCUCGGAGGACACAUCAAAACACCACAAACUUAA